CACAACUCAAAAAUGACAAUACACCUCAUCAAUCGCUUGUCAGUUAUUUUUUAGUUUAUGGUCUUUCUCUUCAACAAACAAGUGUUUCAUCCACCCAUUUUUGUUGAAGUUGGGAUUAUUUCAAAUAGUAAAUAAAAGAAAUGACUUCAAAAAGUGAAAAAGAUCGGGCUAAACAAAUCCAGGAUCGAUGUCAGAACAUAUUGAUGCAGAUGCUGAAAGAUGAGGAUAACAAAUAUUGCGUUGAUUGUGACGCGAAAGGUCCUCGCUGGGCAUCAUGGAAUCUGGGUAUAUUCUUGUGCAUACGAUGUGCUGGCAUCCACCGUAACCUCGGCGUACAUAUCUCCAAGGUGAAAAGCGUCAAUUUGGACUCCUGGACGCCUGAACAAGUUGUGUCUCUUCAACAAAUGGGUAAUUCCCGCGCUCGGGCCGUAUACGAGGCCAAUCUCCCGGAUUCGUUUCGGAGACCACAGAACGAUUCAUCGCUGGAGGCCUUCAUCAGAGCGAAGUACGAGCAGAAAAAGUAUAUCGCUAAAGAGUGGGUGCCUCCGCCCACGCCUAAGGUCAAUUGGGAUAAAGAGAUUGACGAAGAAAUGGAAAGACAGAAACGGAAAAAGAAGACUACCACAACGUCUAGCCUAGGACCACUGCCGGCUCCAACGAAUGAUAAGAAAUAUAAUAAAUCGGAUGUCAUUCCCAGCUUACCGAAACCGAAAUCCUCAGUCAGCCCCAAGCUCGGUAGAAGCACUCCCACCAACCAAGUAGACACGACCAAAGCAUCAAACGGAUCAACUGAUCUUCUCGGUCUCGAUACAUCCAAGCCGGACCCAAAACCCAGCGACGAUAUAUUCUCAAGUUUCUUCUCUGCACCACAAGAGAAACCUUUAGAAACGAAACCUGAUGAACAAAAUCUCAAGACAGAGGAAGAGAAUUUCUUCAAACAACCAGCGCCUACAGAGAAAGAAAAAUCAAAACUGACAAAGGAUAGUAUAUUGGCUUUGUACAGUCAAACACCAUCGAACACAUUAGUUAAUCAAUUCAAUCCGGUGUCACAGCCUUCAUAUCCGUUUGGAACAUCCGGUGCUUUCCAAACACCUGCUUAUAAUAUGCCCGUACAGAAUGGUAUGCAAUUUAAUCAAUUCCAACCUCAAGCUAAUCAAUUUAACCAGCCUGGUCAAUUCCAGCAGCCGUUUGCAGCUGCACAGCAACCGAUCCAAGGGCAAGCGUUCACUCAGAGCAAUCAGUUCUUCAAUCAGCCACAGCAGAAUUUAAAUCAGCAGUUCGGAGGACUAAACUUAGGUCAGAGUUUUCCAAAUGCAUUCAAUCAAAAUAGUAAUGUCGCGAGUAAUUCUACAUGGCAGUAAGUGCUAUAAGAAUACUAGGAUUUUUUUUUACAUGAGGUGAGUAUUUCUACUAUGUUUGUUUGUAAAUAGUAGUUUAUUUCUAUAUUAUUACAACCUGAGUAAUUUUUACAUAAUAUUUUGUAUGCAAUCUAAAUAGAAUGCUAUGAUAUACAGGGUGCAACGUAAAUAAUAGUCAGUGUGAAACU